GAACAGUUUGCCUUUGCGAAGACUCUCUCUCUCUCUUUCUCUCGCUUCUCUUAAAGGCGCAGGCGGAACUGUGAAAGUCUCGCUUUUUUCUUUUUGAUCGAACGAACGAAGAUCGCGAAUAUGUGAUACAAUCGGUCGACUAUUUUAAAAACGCCAUUUUGCGGACUUAUUCUUUUGCAACCCCCCCCUCCCCUCCCUUCUUAGGAUUUUUGUGCGCUUGCUUUCUGUUGCUCAGAGAAGCAGGGGUAGGUUGCAAUGGCUUCCAAGCUUCUGCGAGCCGUCGUCUUGGGUCCCCCGGGAUCCGGCAAAGGGACCGUGUGCGAGAGGAUCGCCAAGAGCUUUGGCCUCAAGCAUCUAUCCAGCGGGCAGUUUUUGCGGGAGAACAUCGAGGCGAACAGUGAUAUCGGUAUAAUGGCAAAGCAGCAUCUUGAGAAAGGUCUUUUGGUACCAGAUCAUGUAAUUACACGUGUAAUGAUGACAGAACUGGAAAAAAUGCAAACUCAGCCUUGGUUACUAGAUGGUUUUCCAAGGACAUUGGGUCAAGCUGAAGCACUUGACAGGAUAUGUGAACUGGAUCUAGUGAUAAGUUUGAAUAUCCCAUUUGAGUCUCUUAAAGACCGACUUAGUGCUCGUUGGAUUCACCCAGCAAGUGGCAGAGUAUAUAAUAUGGAAUUCAAUCCACCUCAAACCCAGGGUAUUGAUGACAUUACUGGUGAACCAUUAAUCCAACGGGAAGAUGAUAAACCCGAAGCUGUUGCUGCUAGACUAAGAAAAUACAAAGAUGCUGCAAAGCCUGUAAUGGAAUUGUACAAAAACAGAGGGAUUCUUCACUCAUUCUCUGGAACAGAGACCAACAAAAUCUGGCCUUACGUUUAUACUUUGGUGUCUAACAAGAUUCCUCCAAUCCAAGCAGAAGAAGCUAACUAAGCAUCUGUAAAAUGGGAAUAAGAAUUUUAUGUUGUUGAUUUUGGUCUUGUUUCUGACGUGCUGUAUCUGUGCUCUGCUCUUUUUUUUAAAGAGUAGCUAUUCUCUCUGAUUUUACUGGAGAAUAGUUGUGGAACUCCAUCUUCCGAUGAUCACUCUGUAUGGAAUUCUACUUCUUGGCCUAUAAAUACUUGUGCAUGGACUUCAAGUAAUUGUAAUUGAUACGCAGAGGCAGUUACACCUGAGCAGUUCUGUAGAAUCCAUUGUUCAGUCUCUCCAGCUACAUUUAGAUCUUCUCUGUAUUCCAUGUACAUUUUCAUGGAUCCUUAAAUCUAACACUCCAUUUAAAUGGAAACACACAGUAUUCUAGGUGUAUCUUCAAUGCGGUAUAAGCACUGUGGAAAAUACAUGCAUUAUGCAGGUCAAAUAAUGUAUGUUUUGAGUACUUAAAAAACUGAGAAGAAUCAUGGUGAAUUCAAUCUCUCAGUUUGUAAGAAAACCUUAGAUAAAUAUCUGUUAUAAAAUGCUGCUGUAUAAUAAAAUUAGACUUUUAAAUUUGA